CGAGUGUCCAAAAGGCCCUUGUGAUGGUAGUUGGCUCCAUCAAUCGUUCCGCAAAUGAACACAACUCCGGUUUCAAGAUCUCAUGGCCGCCAUAUCUUAUUCACACGGCAGUUUCGGCCGGGUGCGAGGGGCGGUAGAUUCUCGGAGCAGUUCAUCGCUGGUUGCUAGUCGGCUUACCAGAGGGUCAACUUGACCCUUGAGGUGGAACCGAAGCCGAAACCUUUGAAGUAGCCGUUUUCCAGAGCUCUUGAAAUCGAAACUGGAGCCUGUGUGUCUACGGAGUCAACUUGACCCCGGAAGUGGAAUUUCCUCCACACUUUUUAUGUAGCCGUUUUUCAGAGCCCUUGACAAGCUCGAGCCCGUGAAGUGGAAUUUUCUAUCCUCGUGUUUCUUCACAACAGUACAAUAGCGAUGAUAGGUUCUGGUAGAAGUAUAUCUUGGAGGAGCUCUUAAAAUCGAGACAACGAUAGGCUCUACUCCCCCCUUCGCCUAAGCUUCAGUCCUUCGCCUGCGCAAGCCUGUUCGAGCCUGUGAUUCCUGUCCAGCCGCCUCAGCUUUUUUUUGCAAUAAUGAGGCCUAGUAUCGUGUUCAGCUUAGGAGUAAGGAAGUCGAAUUUCGGUGGUGCUAAGGAGAAGAGUAGGCGUGUCACCGGAGCGCUUUGGAAACCAGAGGAAGACAAGAUUUUAUUGGACCACGUGGCAAGGCAUGGCACAAACAAGUGGAGACUUAUCAAGUCUAUGGGUCUUCUGCCCUCACGAAACCACAAGUCGUGCUGUAACCGCUUCAUCGUGCUGAAAAGAAAGCUGUCCAGGCUCCAGCAAACGACACAUGUGGACUUAGCUGAUUUUGACACCUCUCAUCAACUGUGCCAGCGUACGGCACACAAGGACUUGCCUGAUCGUGGAAUGACACAGAAUCUGCACCAGCGCACGGCACACAAGGACAUGCCUGAUUGUGGAAUGUCGCAGAAUCUGCACCACCAUAUGGCACACACGGACUUGGAUAGGAAGGCGACGAUGCCAGACAAAUCGAUGAGGGCGAUUGCAAUUCAGAAGUUUUCAGGAUCCAAUCAUCUACUCACCACCUCAUCGUGUCAGCAGCAGCGCAUGUCGUGUCAGCAGCAGCGCAUGUCGUGUCAGCAUCAGUACACUCCAGCGUCGGAUGGGAUGAUGCCGACGGAUCCUAAGGUUGAAGCAGCAACAACAGUAACGAGUCGACUCAUUAUGGGGGAUGAAGCAGCAACAGCUGUAGCAGCAUCAGUGGAGAUGCUUGGAACUACAAGCCCAGUUGCCAUGGUCUUUCCAUUCCCGUGCUCGUUGGAGCAUCAAUGCCGUCCAACACCACGAUUAUGCCGCUCAGCAUCGCAGGAACUUCAACCAUCACAGAAACUCCUUCCAUCGUCACAGCAACCGCUUCCAUCACCAUUCCUCCCAUCAUUACAGCAGUUCCUCCCAACAUCACUCCUCCCAUCAUCACCGUCUCAGUCGCUUCUCUAUACCAUGUCAAUUCCUUCAGCCUCGCCCCUUGUUGCGCCAACUGCAGCUCUCCCUCUCCCUCCUUCUCCCACUCUUCCCUGUCCUCUCCCUCAUCCACUCCCCAUUUCACAGAAUGAAAUCGAGAUCCAUAUUCCACCCACUGCAGCUCUCCCCCCGCCUCCAUCUACCACUCUUCCGUUUCCCCUCCUUCCGCCACUCCCUCCUCCUCUGAAGGAGAUCGACAUAGGAGCAUUUUCACUGGUGGACUCACCUAUGCAGGAGCUGCAGGAGAUUGAAGCCUUCCUGCUGGGUGAAAUGCCUCCUCAGCAGAACAGUGCCUUCGAUAGUCUCAGCAUCUGCGCCAGAUUGCAAGCUGAAGCGGAUCAGAUGCCUCUUGCUGCGGCUUCUGUUGACGCGACUAAAAGAUUGGUCUGUACAGAUGUCAUUGACACGUGUCCCUGUCUACCGGCUGAAGAUGUUGCUCCUGAUGCAGUUAUUUCCGCGUUUGCCGAACUGCCCUCCCCUGGUGCCGUGUGUCCUGGUUCAGCUUACCCACGCGGUGCUGAUGCCGUUUCAGAUGGAGCUUCGAGGCGCCUCGAAGCUGUCCUUCCUGGUGUAGCUGAUCCGUGCUGCAAUGCUGACAUGGAUUUUCUAAGAGCUGGCUCUGAUUCGGUUGCUGCUGCUGCUGCUCCUGCUGCAGCUGCUGGUGCGGUUGCUGCGAUUGCUGCUGCUGAUGCAUCUGAUGCUGCCACUGCAGAGGAUGCGCUCGCUGCGCUGGCUGCUGAUAACGCAAUUGUGUGUUGCCUUAUCGAGGCCGAGCUGAGAAGAAUCAACGAUACCCUGCCGCUCUUCACUCCUCAAUCUCAACCUGCUCCCAAAACUUCAUCGGAGUCUUCUCCUCGAUUCUCACCCGCUUCAGCUCUGGAGGAGCAAAUCUCAAUUGAGACGUCUCAAAAAAUGUUGUUGUCGUCCUCUCUCCAUCCACCAAGCAGAGCGCAUCCCAGUAAUUUGGCAAGCACAGUGCUUUCCACCGUCGCAAAUUUUACCUCGCUGCCAGAAGCAUCGCCAUCAGAGAUUUCCUCUUGGCUUCCACCACCACUGCCAUCAGCUACUGCCACUUCUGCUGCUGCGUUUGCUGCUGAUCCUGCUGCUGUUUCUUCAACGCCUGCUGCUACAGUUGUGCCACAUCCCCUGAGCCGCAUCUUCCUCCCAAAAAAGCGCCCCAAUGAGGCUGUCUGACUGAAGCCAGAUGAACUGUUUGAAGCGUGGUGCAAUGGGACUUAAUGCAGGGUGAGUUAGAUCAUGGCAUGUCUUGGCAUGCCAUGACAUGCCAUUGUGACUGAGACAUGUUCUGGUUGAUGACAUGUGCAUUGUAGGAGCCACAUGGUUUCUGAGCGGAGUGUUGUGGAUAUAUGUAUGAUCCUCCAUGUAAAAUGGAAAGAUUUUAAGCGCUUACGCUUUCAAAAAUGUA